AUGGGCAAAAAAGGGCCAUGUUUCCACUGCGGGAUAGAACAAACACCGCUGUGGAGGAAUGGACCGCCUGAGAAGCCAGUUUUGUGCAAUGCAUGUGGGUCAAGGUGGAGGCUAUGGAAGACCCUGACUGACUAUAUUCCCCAGCAUGCUAUGCCAACAGCGAUGCAUCUGCCCAAGAGCAGACAACGCAAUUCCCAGAAACUAAAAACUGAGGCAAAGAUUGAAAAGCGUGAACCUUUUUCAGCUAACCUGGAAGAAGAGAUUGGAAACAGAUCUGUGUCAGGGUCGGACACAAUAAUUGUUGAUAACUGCAUUGAUGAAGGUAAUUGGCAUACAUCCAUUCCAAGACAAAAGAGGUCAGUGCUUGAUCAGUAUACUAUAUCGUCCGCUGAUUGGCUUCAAAGGAAAUUCUGUGAUAUGCUUCGGGACCCUGAAUUCUCCAAACUAUCUGAGGAGCAGGAUCAAUUGCUCUUUUUUCCUGACAAAGGAUUAUCUUCCAAUGAAAUUGGUCUUGGAUGUAUGCGACUUCAAUCAAAUCCUUGA